AUGGAACGAGAGACACAACAUGGCAGCCUAGCUGGUCACAAAAGAGGCAACGUGAAGCUUCGUUUCUUUAUUUCUCUCUCUUGGAGUUUCGCAGCCAAUCCAGCCACCCCUCCCACAUGCACACCCACGGCCUACUUAGCGAGCUACUCGGGGCCUAGCGCAGAGACACUGGAGCACGUGACCCGGAUCAGGUGGCCGCUUACCUAAGGCAGGCGCAUCCGAAGGAGCCAACGUGAUACGUCCGGGCGCAGGCUUGGCGGGCAAGCGCGCCAGGUCACUUAGGUCGGCGUCGUCUGCCUGCUGCCUCUCCUCUUCUUCCUCCUCCAUUCCAACCCACCUCCGCCAACAUUCACAACUCCCCCUCUUCUUCUUCCCCAUCUCCCACCCAUCUACCCACUCUUCAUGCCACUCUUCGGUGACCUCUAGCCCGUUAAC